AUGUCGUUGUUUGACCUCCCCUUGGAAAUCUUCCAAGGGAUUCUCGAUUUUAUCGUUAUCCGACAGAGACACCAAUCGAUCCAACUUCGUCUGGUAAAUCGGGUGUUUGACCAUGAAAUCAUGCUUGCAUACGCCAGGAACAGAAUCCUGAAGGGAGAUAGGCUAUUCUGGAUGCAAAGUCAUAGCCAACGGGAAAGUUUUAUGGUGCCCUACUUUCUUCAUCAGGGACGAGAUGACGAUGACUCCUCAGGUACAGAUAUCAUAUCCCUGAUGAACCACUGGGUAGACCGUCUUGCGCGGGACUCAACCAAGGGUAGUGAGAGAGACAAGCUGCGCUAUCAACUCAUGGAGCGACUUUUAUCACACACAAAGCUCGAGCUUUGCCGCGUCGCUCUAGCGGCCGAUGGUGGCGCCAUUGAUUUUGACCCGUCGUAUGAAUUUUUGUUUGCAGCAACCUAUAAUGGGGACCUUGAACUUGUCGAUCAACUAUCGCAGGAUACGCGCCGCAUCCGCGAGGAUGCCCAGUCGGGGGUGUUCGAGGAUCGACUUAUCGACGCAGCGGUCAAGUCCCUCGAUCCGAAGAUCGUGGAGAUGCUUCUUCGGCGUGGCGCCAGGAUGCACGGAGAGGGGUCAGAUGAUAAAAGCUGGCACUCCCCAGUGGUACUAGCCGUUAAACACUGGAGUCCGAAGAUACUCCAACUCCUCCUGCAGCCCGAGUUCGGUCUCAGGACCUCUGGCGUGGCGUAUCAGCGCGCAAUUGUCGAGGCGAUGAGCGUGAAUCGGGCAGAAGCUCUGGCGACGCUACUGGACCAUUACACCGCACCGCUAUCUGAAUCGUGCUAUCUUUUGACGGAGGGCCUUCGGGAGGCUUGCCGGUCGGGCCGCAUUGACUUUGUCCGUCUCCUCCUUGACAACGGAGCCGACGUCAAUGAGACGCUCAACUACACUAAGAACCUUCAGCAACCACGACCUCUGGCGUAUGCCGGCUGGAAAGGCCAGGCGGGAGUAAUGCGUCUCCUACUGGCCAGGGGCGCAAGCAUCGGUGAGCACGCCAACAGAUCAAUCGAUGUUCCUCCCGGUCCCCAGGCAAUGCGCGCAGUAGCAUGGGGCGGCCACUACGACGCGAUGGAGGUCCUCAUUGACGCUGGCCUCCGGCUAGGUAUCCGUGACUGGACUGGUGUGAUGUUUAUCCUGAGUUGCCAGCCAAACGCGGCGAAGCUCGCGAGAACGAUCCUUGAUGACGGCCAUCUCCGUCUGAGUCUGCCAGUUCCCGACGAGGACGACAGCUCCGUACUGGCAGACCUCGUGUGUCUGGCGUGCCGGCAUGGCAAUUUCGAAUAUCUCAAGGCAUUAUUUGACCACGGCGUGCCACUGAACGACGACGACAUUUACAACCGAAGGGGAUAUCCACCUCCCAUUGUGAUGGCCAAGUGCUGGCGCCAAGACACUCUUGUGGAGGCCUUGAAAAAGCUUGGAGCACAUGAGGUAGAUCCGUUGCAAAGCAUUCUUGGGAAUCGCUUCAAGCAAGGGGAGUUUCCUUGCGAUCCCCCUCCUCCUCCUCCAUGCCAUUGGUCUUUUUCUCCUGCGGUCAAUUGA